AUGCCACUGUAUCAAUCAGAAACAUUAAUAAAUUUGAUAAUGACAAACCGAGAAGAUAUCGGCGGCAAACACUUCACUCCAGAUGUAAGAGUAGUAUCCGGCGUCGUAUCCAAACAUGUGACCAAAGGUAGCGGCUGGAUUGGUACCCUGUUGGUUGAUGAUGGUGGAGAUGUCGCGUGUACACUCGAACCAGACCUUACCGAUGUCGUUGUAGUAGUCAGAGUUGGCAGACUCGGCCGGCAGUUUCUUGGAGGUGUCGGUGUAGUGACCGGAAAGACGGUUGAGGAUCGACGCGUCCCAGCACCACUGCUCAAAGAGUUGCGAUGGACACUCGACGAAAUCACGCUCUACACUGGUUCCAGAGAACAAUGGGUAUUCGACGGUGGUCGACAUGUUGUGCAUGACAUGGCCAAACUCGUGGAAGAAUGUGACGACUUCGUCGUGAGUCAAGAGCGACGGUGCGCUCUCGGUGGACUUGGUAAAGUUUCCGACGAGUGCGGCGACGGGCAGCUGGCGUUGACCGCCACGGAUGUAACCCUGCUGGAGUGGCCACACGGCAAAGUGACUGUACUUGCCCUCACGUGGAUGCAAGUCAAAGAAGAAGUAACCGACGAUCUCAUUGUUCUUCGAUGGAUUGGCGACAGAGAACAACUUUACCUCUGGAUGCCACAAGUCGAAUGGCAACACCGUCACCUCUUGGAACUUGAAUCCCAACAGCUCCUGAAACUUGAAUCGUAUGACUUUAUCUCUGGUUCUGCCAAUGGAAUAUUUCUCUCCUCAUGA